UGAGCUAAUUAGCUGCUUAGCUAGCUUUAACGGUGCGCCGUUAGCUCCUUUUUAUGAAUUGCUUAUCGACCUAAUUGUUUAUUGAUUGGUCGGGUGAUUAGCUAGUCGACACCUACAUCACUCUCGGGGCUAAACUGUAGCGGUACAGCUGGGCUGUUAAGUAAUUUGGCAUGCCAAUUAAUUAACAGCUUUAGUUGGCCUGUUGAAUAUCAACGUUUUAUUGCAACUAUUUAAUGCAACUGUCUUUAUUGGCUAACUUGAAGGGCUACCGUUCUCCGCCUGAUAAGCUAACUACCUGCGAGUCAAGAUCAGAGAAUCCUGUAGUCGAUCUUUCCAGCCACAGCUUCUCUGUUCUGGUCAUUAAUUAUAAAACUCCGCGUUAAACUCAGGAUAGCAGAUUUAACAUUAAAUCACAUUGCACAACGACAUCAAUCAAGGCUUACAUGCAGUUUGCAGGGCGGAUUGGAGAAUAGUGGUGCUGUGGAAUUCAGGCUGUCUCUUGUGUGGCCUGUAUACGGGUCAAUGCCAGCGGGUUGACUUUAGAGUUCCAUGCUUUCUCUUUGCUGUGCUGUAUCAGUGCUAUCAGUGCUUCAGCAAUACUGUCUCCCUGACAAGCAGUUGCUCCUAGUUGCAAGUUCUUGAUCACAGUCUUUUUUACCUUUUACCAGCUUUCAGUCCCAGGUUCUUUUUUAGAACACAAGACUUGUAUGUUUUAUCAAUUUUCCAAACUUCUCAGUAGUGCAGGGCAUAAUAGUGUGUAUGUUUAGCUAAUGAGCAAGUCUCUCUUUUAUUUUUUUAAAAAGCCAAGGCUUCGUCACCCUGACAGCAGCAUUCUAUUUUGUUUGUCAGUGGAACAACACAUAUCACAUAUUCAAGCCUUGUUUAAUGAUUCAUGUACAUAAAUCUGAGCUGGACGGUCAGCGAUCUGUGUUAUGUAACACUUAUCUGCAAUCUAAAUAUUUACCAAAUCAUCUUGUGUUAUUCACAAUUUUAGACUCUUUGCACUUUGUUACAUUUUGUAACAAAGCACAAAGAGUUAGACCCCUUUUCACACCCCAGCAAUUCUGUGCUGAGAGACCUCAUUCAAAUGUAAUUAGAACAGUAAAUUAGCAAAAAAACCUUAUCUGUAGAAUAGUUCUUUCAACCACAGACAGAAAUUUCACACUGGUGCAAAGACACAUUUGAAUCCUUUCUCUGUAUGUUUGGCGAAAGAAGGUCAUGUUUUCGUUACGCUUUUUCUAUGAGGACGUGACAGUGUUGUGCGGAGUUCACAGGUUAUCAGAAUGAUCGCCGAAGGGAUUCUUUUGUUGUGUAAUCCGUUUUGUAACACUGUUUGCUAGUGGCCACUGCAGCGGCAUGGAACAGCUGAUAGUGUGGACGUGGCACAAAGCACUUGCUUUGACUUUUUCACUUCGCUAGAAACCUGCAGGACCGUUUCGCCCAAGUGCCAUUCUCCUCAUACCUUCAUUCUUUUACUUUUCUUACUGAGGAGUACACCAUUUUAGUUUGCAUGUCUAGCUCACAGUAUGCUGGGUAUCAGGUUCAUACAUGUGUAUUUCAGUCCAAGCAGCUGUCAUUUAACAGGUUUUGGUGUUUUGUAAUGCUCAUAUGUGCCCAGCACACACACACGCACACACGUACAGAAAAUGCUGAAACAAAUGACAGUCUUUUCAACCCAGUAAUUUCUUAGCUUAUGAUUAUAAUGUUAAUAGCAGAGUAUUUGUGUUGAGCUUCUGAACAAGUUUUGACAGUGCUUUGUGUAAAAAAUGUACACUGAGAAGUGAUUUUAGCAGUAAAACGAGCCACAGGAACCUUCUCUUUAGUAGGAUGCCUUUUCAUGCUGUUUGUGAUCUGGCUGCUUCGCCGGUAUUACUCCUUAGCUCAGAAGAUGAUUCUCAGCCUGACUGUAGCAGCUUUUUUUGACAGUGUAGCAUAUGUCAUGGGUGAGUCCCAUCCAGAAGGAUCUCUAUGUAACUUCCAGGCCUGGUGGCUAACUUACUUUGACUGGAGUGCCUUGACCUGGGUUUGCCUCAUCACUCUAAACCUGUACCUCAACCUGGUCAGAGAAAUAAGCACCAAGAAAUAUGAAAUGUCCUACCACCUGAUGGCGUGGGGGGUGCCUCUGGUCAUGGCCUCCUUGCCUCUGCUAAAGGGUUACUACGGCCCCGCUGGGGCCUGGUGCUGGAUCACAGACGAUCACGUAGCCUGGAGAUUUGGGAUAUGGUACGUGCCUCUGUUCACCCUCAUCUUCCUGAUGAUCUGCUGUUAUGCCAGGAUCAUCUGUGUGGCCAAUAAGAGGAUGCAGUCAUGGUUGGGAACAUUCAACCCGGAGAGGGAGAGACGGAAGGUUUCCUUGGCCGAGGAGAUCAAGCCCUUGAAGUGGUAUCCCUCCGUGUACCUGCUGGUGUCCAUCUUUCCUCUCAUUAACAGGUAACAGACACACACACACACCUGUCUGGCACAUGAACCCUGCGCUCACCGUUUUAUUUGCAUGUUGGCUUCGCUCCGCUGCCUUAUCUCCUCCCACCCCCCACCCCCCCCCCCCUCCCUCUCUUAUCUGAACUCUCACAAGGGCUUUUUCUGUCUGUAGGUGUGCGCGUUUGUGUGUGCGUUUGUGUGUGCGUGUGCGUUCUGCUGUGCGUGGUGCCGUUUAUUGGCUUUUUUUUUUCUUUUGCACCGAGGCUUCGUGCACUGAGUAUUGGUGGAAGGAGGCGGGUGGUCCAGUAAAUGAUAACCCCUAUCUGCGCUAUGCUGUUAUUACUCCUUCAGUCCCUUCCCUUCCGCCGUCUCCCUCUGAUUUGCUGCCGCUCCCUCCCCCUCCCUCCCUCCCCCCUCCACGCUGCGCCGGUGUGAUUGACAGGUCAGGGUUACUAAGUGAUUAGCUGCGGCGGCUCUGCUUGUCGCCUCGGCGAUGUAGGCGGAGACACAGGUCAAUUACAGGGUCAACGUCUCUCAAAGCCUGCGCUCAAAUGCUGCCCAUCCCCCCACCCCGCCUCCCCCGCUUGCCCUCUCCUCCUCCUUCACCUUUCCAUCCCUUUAAGCCCCCCACCCAGGUCCCUUCCGCGCCGCGGCUGUCCGCUGAUGAAGAUGACAAACUGCAUCCUGCGCUAACCCCCAACUGCCCUUCUCUCUCCCCGGCCCGCUCUCCCUUCCCUCCCUCCAUUAACGCUGCUUUCUCCUCCCCUCUCCCGCUCGCACGCUCCAAACUCCUUUGUUAUAGCCUCCAUAUUUCCACUCUUCCUCGCUCAGACUGUCUGUCUUCCGUGUUUUUAUGUCAGCUCCCCACCUCUUCCUCCUCCACUUUUCCUAUCCUCUGCCACACAAAGCCUUCUCUCUCUCGCUCGCUUGCUCGCCCGCCCGCUCUCCGUCCCCCCCCCCCUCGCCAGCAAACACGCUCUCACUCGCUCUGCCUUUCUCCAGAGAGCGAGCGAUGAGAAAACGGGAAUGAAUUGCUCUCUCGUUGUCGUCCUCCACCACCACCACCUCCUCCUCCUCCCCCAUUCCCAGCGCUGGCUGUAUACAUCUCCGGCUCCUAUUAAUUUGUUAGCCUCCCCCUCCCUCUCCCCCGACACCCCCCCCCCUCCGGCUCAUAACCUCCUCCGCCUCCUCUACCCCUCAUUCUCUAUCUCUCCCUCCUUCCUUCCCUCCCCUCCGCUGAGUGCUCGAGUGUGUAAAGUGUUUGUCACGGUGCUGUGCCGAUGUCGCUGUGCGCUACUGCGCGGAAGCGGCGCGCGGCGGACAGACUCCGUGCGCGUCGCGCCUCGCCUCGCCGUACGUGUGAGCGUGCGCGCGUGUAGGCGGGUGGUUGGCGCCGUGUCAAGGAGAAUGUGCUGUCGCCGCUUGUUGCCGUGCGUGCGUCCGGCCGCGUGCGUGCGUGCGCGCUUGUUUGUCCGCCUCGCCGUGAGUGUGUGCGCGAUUUUAUUCUGUGCGUGCGUGUGUGUGUGUGUGUGCGCAUGUGUGUGUGUGUGUCUGAGUGGGGGAUUAUUUCUAUCUGAGCUCCAAAGCCUCCUAAACAAGGCUUAGAGAGACGGCCCAGGGCAGCAGCUAAAGCCGCUGGGUAGAGCUCUUUCUCUCUCUCUCCCUCGCUCGCUCGCCCGCUCGCUCGCUCGCUCGCACCUUCACCCCUCUCCGCUGCGCUCCCUUUCUUCCCCGCCGCCGUCUCUCCCUGCCCUGAUCCAUUGCAUUAACACACAGACACUCCCACACACACACACACACUCUCUUGUUUUGGCCUUCAUCUGCCACCACAUGCAGACACGCACACACGCGCGCAGUCACACGCCACACGCAAUUUUAAUCUGUUCCAAAUGCACACUGGUAAAUGUGUUAAUUCGACACCAGCUGUUGCGAAUUGAAAUGGGAAAGCGCUCCUACUUUUCCUCGCCCGCACUCGCGCGCACACAUGAAUGGCCGCGUCAUUAUACAUCACUUUACCAUACACACAUCUCUUUUCUCUCGCUCCUUCCCUCAUUCACUUACCCUCAUUUGGCAGCGCAAAAGUAUCACCAGACACUCACACCUUCGCACUUCUCUCUCCUCCUUCUCCUCUGUUCUCCUUGUCUCUGCCACAUCGGCCUCUUUGGUGUGUGUGUGUGUGUGUGUGUGUGUGUGUGUGUGUGUGUGUGUGUGUGUGUGUAACUACUGCCCGGGCACGACUAGAGUUUUCACAGUCUGCUUCUCACAUCGCCUCCCCUGUGUGCUUUAUGGUGUGUGUGUUUGUUUACAAGGCUUGUCUAGAUUCCUACUGUACGUGCUUGUGUGCCUGUUUGCAUAAAUAAGCCCUCGCUCCUCAGAACCGAGCUGCCGAUUUCGGUGGCGUACCGCCGCUUGAUUUGCAAGUGCUCCUCCUGGACGGGCCGCUCGCCUUUUACGAGGACUUUUAGCUGCCUUUAUAAAACCCGUCCCUCCUCCUUUUGACUCCCAGGUUGAGAGAGGCCGACGUGCCCACUUAGAGGCUUUUUUCUUCUCGUUAAGCCUUUGUCUGGAAGCCUCCAACCUCCAAGUGAGGCCGGUCGCCUCGGAGCGAUCAAGGUCGCACGUCUCGCGGCCGGCGCUUCUGCACGGAUGGAUCGGCCCUGGCGCUGGAGCCCGGACCAGUUAUGCGUCUGUGACCUUGAGUUCACCCUGUGGCUCCAGGAGGCGGCUCGCGUCCUCCUAGUUAUUCUUGGUUUCCCUGAGUGCUGCGUGUGGGUUUUGCGGUGCCUAUACGUGCUUGCGGGGGAUUUUUGUAUGGGCUCCCUACAGCGUCUGAACCCCCCGCCUCUCUCUGGAGGAGAUCUGAUUUCCCUGCUCCAGGCAGGCAGCGAGAACAAGGCGGCGUGUGCGCGCUGCCCCUGUGUGCGCACACGCACACCUGCGCACGCAGCCCGGCCCGGGCAGACCUUCCCCAUCUCCGCUCUGCGCUUUGAAAAACGAGGGAGGAAAUCUCAGAGCAGCAGUUAUUAUUCAUCCCUCAAAGAGAACGGGGAGGCGGCGGAG